GGAAACAGAAAGUGACCUGUUGCGCCUUCAGUUUCAUCGUUUAAACGUCGCGCGGCGCACCACACUUCAAGGCAUUCUCCAGCAGGAACACACAGGCCCCGACAUUAUUAGAAAUUGACCAGAAGAUAAACCUCUCCCCCUACUUUUCUUACCUGAACGUCCAACUGGGAAGAGCAGAAGAUAAAACAUGGCCUACCAACAGCAACACCCGCCACCCUACCAACAGCAUCCCUACCAGCAACCGCCCUACCAGCAGCAGCCCUACCAGCAGCAGCCCUACCAGCAGCAACCCCAGCAACAGCAGCCCCGACCAGCCAUCACCAGCGUAACCACCACAACACAAUCAGUGAUGUCGGGGAUGUGGAGCAGUGGUGUGUGUGAUUGCUGCUCGGACAUGGAAACCUGCUGCUGCGGGUACUGGUGCUUCCCCUGCUUGCAGUGCAAGACCACCGGAGACUUUGGCUGGUGCUGCUGUCUGCCCUUGGUGGACGUCUGCUGCGUCGUGUCCUGCUGCCUGCGCUCCUCCAUGCGAGAGCGCUACGGCAUAAAUGGUUCAUGCUGUGACGACUUCUGUCAACUGUUAUGGUGUUACCCAUGUGUCUGGUGCCAAAUGGCGCGGGAAGUCAAGACUAGAGGAGGUCGUACUGGCAACACUUCGGUGGUCACCACCCAGGUCAUCCAAGUCUAGGGGUCCCCGUUAGCGGCUGAGGAACCUUAAGGCCAAAAGAUUGCACUAAUGAUUGUUCCAUCAUAUUUUUUGUAAAAGAGUAGUUUCACUUUUAAACCAGCAUUUCUUCCCAUUGUUCCAUGGCAUCUUAUAAUGACCAAAUAACAUUUCAACUGAAUGCAGCCAUUGUUAAAUUCAGCUAGCAUUUUUUCAACUUAAGCUGUUUGAACACAGCUGUCCACAAGUGUUCUUAUUAUGUUUUAUACAUUCCUGACCUUUGCUAUGCCUUCAUUAAAAUCGAAUGUUUUUCCGAACUCACAAACCUUUAUUAUCAUUACACUCAGCCUGCUUUUGUCAAAUAAAAAGCCCAACAGAGUAGUUUAAGAUGUAAUAUACCCUAUUGUCAUGUUUGGCUAGUUAAACUAAAUUCCUGUUAAAUGCAUUCAAUCAUUAAAGAAUGAAAUAUAAUUUUGUUCAGUAAUUCAGCUCUAAUACAGAUUCUGAUUUUGGGCUUACAAUAGCUAGUGCUUGGGGUGUCAGACUCCCAGCUGAAAAUUACUGGGUUCAAACCCCAGUGUCUGAAGUAUCCGUUGGCAACCCAGAGCAAGAUGCCAAAUCCAUUCCACAGAAUAAUCCCAGUGGGUCCCACAGUCCAACGGUAAAAUGCCAACCGCGCUGGGCUUCUAUCCCGAUCAUUCAAUUAAAUACCAUUCAAUCUGGCAAACAAAAAACUAGUACAUUUUUGUUUUUUUGUCCUUCGUUUUGUAUGCUCCAAAAACAGAAAUAUAACUAGUAAAGUUAUUAUAACUCUUAUUAUAUUGUAGGCGUAGCCAAACUUUCUUAUCCGGUCUGCUAGCUCAUGAAGUCCCUAGCUGACACACGGGUUACAUCCCAGAAAUACCUCACAAGGUAAGCCACACCAUUGUUAUUGUAUUGCCAGUGUGAAAAGCUUCUGUACAGCAGAAUAAUGGUUGUGAGAUGGAGGCCAUCUGGGGCCGUAUUCACAAAGGAUCUUAGGGCUAAAAGUAGGUCCUUACUGGCGAAUUUAGGAGUAACUCCUAAAAAUAAUGGGCGUGUCACUCUUAAAUUUAGGACUCCUAACUUUUUUCACUAAGAGCAAUUCACAAAGUAUUUUAGGCCUAAAAGUAGCACCUAAGUCUAGGAGAGCUUAAAAGUCCUCAGGAGGACUCCUAACUCAGUAAGACCUAUUCACAAAGAAUCGUAAAAUGCCUGCGAGACGAAAUGUUAGGGUAUUCAACUUGUUGUGGAGUUAGUGUGCGAUGCAAUAACAUCCCCGACUAACAGGAAUAAUCAGAUUAGUCCCGAAAUAAAAUGUUUGGCCACACUACUUUAUUUAGCAGCAGGGGAAAUGGAGGAACAUUCCACAGCCAGACGAUGAUAAUAAUAAUAAAUGAAAUUUAUACAGCGCUUAAUAUGGUACUCUAAGACGCUUUACAUAUUGCCCUAUCAAAACUAUGUAAGACAGACUAGGAAUAAAAGAAAAACAGAGGUUAAACAUGAAGAAUAAGGUGGGAGUUAGGUGGGGAAGGCUAGUGUGAAAAGGUAUGUUUUGAGGGCAGAUUUGAAAGAAGAGAGGGUUGGAGAGACUUUGAUGUGGGA